GACUCCGACACCGAGUGUAUGUGUAUAGUAUAGCAGUAUACACUGACAUCAACGCGGGCAGAUGGGCAGUGCACGCGUUCGAUUAUUAUUAUCGCAAUAGUUAUACUCCAUAUACAUAUGCUCUUUUCGCAAGUGUAUUGCGUGGCUAGUUGUGUUGUACUGUAUAGUAUACAUCUUGCGCGGUGAAUUUAUUUCAUUCACUGCGUGUGCGGGUAUAGAGCGCACACUUUACAUUUAUAUUGAAAUUGUGUCACGACGCGUAUUAUUUUAGACGUAUGGCGCCAGGGUAUUUUACCAGCGCAGACCAUCGACCAAAAUUUAGCGACAGACACACAUAUCCAAAGUUUAAGAUGCAGUAGCUUCAACAUCUGUAUAUUUGAAUUUAUGUGAUAUUUCAUAUACUUCCAGUAUUUUUACAACAAUCAAUCCUUUUUGAGUUAAGAGUACAUCAAGAAAAAAAUAAUAAUUUCAAAUUUACAAUCAGUUUUAUUAUUCACAAUCUAACUCAGCAAUCUUCCAACAUUUGAAAAAUGGCAAAUCCAUCAGCUGCUAUUGCUCAUGUAGUAAAACUUGUGAUUACUCUUUUCUGCAUGCAAUUUGUCGAUAAUUCAUUUUCAAUACAAAUACUUGAGAAAGGAUGGGCAAUACGAGCUUUUCAAAUUCUUUUAAUUCAUUCUGUUCUUGGAAUUAUACGAUAUGGAGGUGUAAACUCAACAAAAAAGAUUCGAACAUAUUACGAGCUUCUAACAAGCAUCAUUGAAGUAUUUCCAGUAGCAUGUUUUACAACAGAGGUUCUUUUACAACAUGAAGUUCCACAAGUUCUUUGUUUUCUUUGCUUUAUUUUGAGCUUGUCUCCAAGCAUUAUUGAAUUGAGUUCACCUCGUAUAAAGGACAGAACUGCAUUCAAUAAAUAUAUUGAUGCGAUUUUUGGUUUGCAAGCAGCAUUUAUGACCCUCAUUUGUGUUUUAAACCAAAAUUAUAGUGGAUUAAGUUUAGCGGUUUCUUACAUAUUCGCAAGGUACGUAUCUGAAGAUUUUUGUGAUCUUCGUGAUGUACCCUAUGUUGACAUGUCACAAUACAGUUUGAGUUUUAUUGAAUUAUUUGCAAUAGCAACGAUCAAAGAUUUCUGAAACUGGCCUAUUGAAUCAAACUAUAAAGUCAACUACAAUUUAAAGAAUAUUUGGCUUUGAGAAUAUUAAUAAAUAGCAAAAUGUACUUACUAAAACUUUUAAAAUUCAUAAUUUUUUGAACAUU